AUGUUAGAGUUUCUUUCGUUAUCUGAUCCACUACUAGACGAAGAAGUCGAACUUGGCCAUCGUCUCGAUGCCAUCGCCAUCGGCACCACAACCUGCCUAGCAUCAUGUCUGACAGGAUUCAUUAUCCUCAAAUUCCUCCAUUUUUUAUCUAUUUCGGAUCCAAAAGAUCAACGAUUCGCCCGCUACACGGGCUCGGCUGCAUUAAUAAUGCAUAUGGCACAAGUAAUCGCACAGUUAGAGAACACAUGCCUUGCUAUGACACGCUUUGCAACCUCCACGCCGUUCAACGUAUUCCUUUACGAGGGAAUCGAGACUCUCAUCACAUUAUUUAUCGUUAUCAUCGUACAGAUCCAUUUUUCUCGCAUCGUGCGUGUCUUCGUGGAGCAUAAGCAAAGAUGGUCUAUUUUCACAGCAACUUCAUGUUCGUUAACCUGUCUGGCUGGUUUGGCGACGUCGGGGAUCAUUCUAGCGGACCCUUCCCAUGGACGCUUGCAAAGAGAUACACCUCCAAAGCUUUCAGUUCAGUUGACCGCAUGCUGGGCGGCGUGGUUAGGCUUAGCCACAGCCUUUGAUAUCACCGUCUUGAUCGUCUUAACAAAACACAUUCUUAAACACCGUGCUGGGACGGUUCAGCUGUCGUUUAGAAGUUUUCUGAGUCGUAUCUUGCUAGUAGCAGUGUAUGCCUUCCUGAUGACAUCGUUAACGUCUAUCGUCGCCAUUAUCCUCAUUUUUGUUUCUACGCUAUCGUCGGUGGAAGACUUUAUAUUACUAAGCCGACUGCGAAUAGCAGCUUUUGUUUCAAAUUCAUUUUUGCCUCGAAUAUAUCUCCUGGCAUUCUGCUCAUCUCUCGUCGGGAAACGUAAAACCAUGGAUUCAAAAUCCGCACGCUACUCAAUGUCUGGACCAUCAGAUUUGGCGUAG